AUGGAUAUUCUACAGCAAAUUGAUAGCAUACCAGAUCCCGUCGUGGCUGACAAAGCCUGUAAAGCUGUUCAAGUCCUACGCAGAACAUGCGCGCUGUAUCCGCUUGACAAAAUUGCUUUCAGUUUCAAUGGAGGCAAGGAUUCAACGGUUUUACUACAUUUAUUGCGUGCCGCUGUGGCCCAGCUGGAAAAUUGCACCGAUUUGGGGGGACUGGGGGGUAUCAAAAGCUUCUAUUUCUGCAAUGACGACGACUUCCCCGAGGUCAAGGACUUCGUGCAGCGUACUGAUGCAGAGUGCGUGCAGAGCGUGGGGUACGGCCUGUGUGUGGAGUACCUGCGUCUGUCCGACUUCAAGCGGGGCCUGUGUGAGUACCUGGACAGGACGGGAGUGAUGGCCAUUGUGCUGGGGACAAGGAGGGGCGAUCCCAAUGGCGGUAACCAGGACUGCUUCUGCCCCAGCAGUGACGGCUGGCCGCCCUUCAUGCGGGUCAACCCCAUUAUUGACUGGACGUAUCACGACGUUUGGGUGUUCCUACGAGCCACCCACGUGCCGUACUGCAGUCUGUACGACCACGGGUACACAUCACUGGGCGGCACGGGAAACACGCUUCCGAACAGUGCCCUGCGGAGCUCCGACGGCAGUUACGAGCCCGCCUACAAGCUGGCGGAUGGGCGGCUGGAGCGAGUGGGGCGAGUGCACCCGGCCACACACAAGCAGGCGGCAACUCGGCACUCGCACCUGCACCCCCGUACACCACUUGCCAGCUCAAAGUGCCCGGGAGCGGUCCCGGGUCAGGAAGACAGCACCCACCCCCAGAAGGCGCAAAUCGAAGGACAGCAGCAAACUGACGGGCUCGGCGAGGAGGGGACGGAGGAGGAGGGGGAUGCGCGGCGGGGCGGCGGAGGGGCAGGAGGGGACGGUGCUGCACGAGAAGCGGGCUCGUCGUUGGCGACCAGCGGUGGUGGUGGGGCGGCAGGUGGUGGUGGUGGUGGUGGUGGUGGUCUGACUCACAGCGCCGCGAUCGUUAUCAUCGGGGACGAGCUUCUGUCUGGCAAGGUCGAGGAUGUGAACGCCCGCUUCCUUUGUCGCGAGCUGAGGUCCCUGGGCUGGCAGGUGACACGUGUGGUGUUUGUUCCGGAUGACGUGGAUGAGAUUGCCUCGGCGGUUCGGGCGCUGGCGGCUGUGGUACAGCUGGUGAUUACGGCGGGGGGCAUAGGGCCCACACUGGAUGACGUCACCAUGCAGGCAAGCAGAUGCGGGGUUAGGGGUCAGGGCGGGGAGCAGCGCAACGUCCUCGUCUCGUUGUCACUGCCCCUGGCGGCACUCCUCACUGCCCCCGCCCCCCCUUCGCUUCACUCGCUCGUGGGUAUCGCACGAGCUGUGGGGCAGCCCCUGGUCAGGCUCCCCGCACUGGUUGAGAGGCUGUCCUCCUACUUCGGCGGUCCGGCGGCCCUGAGUGAGGCCCACCUCAAGAUGGCUGAGGCGCCCCAGCACACGGAGCUAAUUGACUACACACUGCCGUACAGCGACCAUGUGUCCAAGUUCCCCCUGAUGAGGGUUAACAACAUCUACGUGCUGCCGGGUGUCCCCUCGCUGCUGGUUCAGAAGUGGAACGCCCUCAAGCCCCGGCUGCAGGAGGCGGCUCUGGCGCCCUUCAGGAAUGCCACCCUAAGACUUUCUGUCAAGGACGAGACCACCAUAGCCCCGGCGUUAGUGCGGGUGGCCUCCAGCCACGGUCUGGAUGUGGCGGUGGGGUCGUACCCGGUGGACCAGGGGAUCAUCAUCACACUGGACAGCAAAAACUCCGAGAAGCUGGAGGCGGCCAUUGCAGAGAUCCAGCAGCUGCUGCCCGGGGAGGCGGUGGUGGCGCUGGAGAGGGAUGUGGACUCCCUGGCGUGA